GUAACAUAAUAAUUCUGUCGUCCUCGCUUGAAGUUGUUUUCAAAAUUCGCCUUGUUCAAAUUCAUCCAAAGAACCUGACUUGAAAAACCAUGGCAGCGCUUAUUUUCCAGCACUCUCGUCGGCAACUACACGCUUGUAGGGUGCCAUGUGCGGGGGCCGCGGGGGUUUCGAGCAGACCAUUUCUCACCCUUCCGGCUGCGUCAGCUUUACCACACCGAACGCAGGCUCGCCACAUCGUUGCGUCGGCGUGGGCGCGACAGCAUGAAAUGCAAAUAUGUCUGGGUCUGGAUGAAACUUGUGAUGCAAAGCUACGAAUUGUGGGCGCACUACAAUACACAGCCCAGCAUGACAAGUUUUUGCGCUGGUGUGUCUUUCGUUUUUCGCAUGACAAACUGCGUUUUUGCAUGACAGGCAAGAGGCCCUUUUCCUGCUCAUGCAUCACAGAUAUAAGACUCAUGCCAGACAAGCAUGACAGAUUUGCAUGCUUCCAGACCCAAUCAUAUUUGCAUUUGAUAGACAGCACGCAGAAACCAUGCAGGUCGAGAGGACAGCAGGGAGGACCUUGGUGAGAAAUAAGAGCUUAGGAGUUUUUAUUCAUGAUCCGUGCAGACCACGAGCUUCUUCUACCAACCCAAUUCUAGGCGCGACAGGAAGUUGUAGUCCAGUGUUCAUCCGUCCUUUCUCCACCACAACUCCACCGGCGCCUUCCACACCCACCUCUAGCGAUAUUUCCGUCCCGCCCCAUGUUAUCCUCACCAAGUACCCCACCAUCGAGGAGGCGGAGCAACUGCCCCGCGACUGGCACGAGCUGGAUAACCGAUCGCUGUGGCACCACUGCGGUCCGGGCGGGAUCCACGACGCCAACGAGGAGCGGCUGAUCCGGGAAAUCAUGAAGGUGCAGAAGGUAGAGUACCAGCACGCGGUGUACAGUAUGCAUUGCAUACAAAAGCAUCUUCGCACUAGCGCACAGUGCAUGACAAGUUUAUUUUCCAACCUGAAGUAGGAAGUUUACACUUGCAAUGCUGAUGAGGGUACAAAGAACAGUCUGUCAUGCAUGUACUGCAACGAUGCAAAUGCUUUUGCUUUUGCGCAGGAUAUAGAAAUUGAUGGAGAUCCAGGAGCACAUCAUCGGUGGGAACACCAUUUUCCGUAUCAAAAGGAAAAAUUCCCCCACCCCAUAUCGAAAUGGAAAUCUGUGAUGCGGGAUUUGUGUACACAAAUCGGCUUUGUAUUGCAGGAAGGCAUCGCGGCCAGAUCCCCAGGCUAUGCAGGGGCGUAUCGGUCUAGUUGUGUAGCAUGGCAAACGGCUCCGCUUUAGGCCCAACAGCAUGACAAAUCGCCUCCAUAAUGGGGGCGAAGCUUUUGCCCUUGUCUUCUUGCAAGACAGACGUGAUUUGUGACCUCAAAUCAGCAACGCAAAUUUUCGGAAACAUGCCUUUUCGAUAUGGGGAGGGGGGAUUUUUCCUCACAAUAUUCCGGCACAUUGGGUUAAUGCCCUACAAGGUGGGCAUGGCGACCGCGGGGAUUUUGGGGAUCAGUACCGUGCCGCUGAUUUUCCACAAAAACACUGUACUUUGGUUCAACGACUUGUUUGUGACCGCCGAUCUUCCGGAGCAGAAAGAUCUGGAGACGUGGCUGGAAGUCGGCGGGUUCGCCUGGAACUGGAUGGAGCCGCUGAUUGGUUAUCCUGUGCAAACGUAUCGUACUAGUAUAAAUCGCAUGACAAAUUUCGCCAGCAUGAAAAAUGAAAUUUGUGACGCAGAUUUGCCUUACGAAAAAGAUUUCUAAUGCUAAUGCAUGACUGCAAGUCGUGCAAUUACUACGAGUGCGAUACUUUUGCAAUGCAUAUUGGUGAAGAUUUGCUUCUCAUUGGUCACACUGCUCGUCAUUCAAAGCUACAGUUGUGAUUUGUACAACCGAUUAGAUGCAGUUUCAGAACUCAACCAGGGAUGAUGUAGUUCUUACCGGUUUUAUUUGCCGUACAAAACUAACAAUGAUAAAUGUAAAUCCCAUACCAAAGGUCAACUGAGCUUCAUGUUCCUCGUGGCGCAGUACAUGCGAAGUCAGUUGUUGAACCUGGGUUUAAAGCCGUACACGGGGAUAUGGAAGCGUCAGGAUGGAAAUCGUCAAAGUUGAAAUAACUUGUAAUGCAUAAAAUCGAUACCAGUUGAAAGCCCAAUUUCUAAGCGGUGCGUGACAAAUUUUCAGAGCACCGGAAUCCAAUUUGCCAUGCUGUUUGGGCACAGGCGACUGCUUUUGUCAUGCUACUUUAGCAGCUCUAUUUCAAACCCUAAACAGGCUGACAGUCGGCCUCACUUGCCAGCCCGGCAAGACAGGCAUUUCAUGCCUUGCAUUUUAUGCAUGACAAAUCAUUUCAACUUUGUCGAUUUUAAACCUGACGCGUCCAUAGGGGAUGCUGAUCAAAUACCGGUGCGACCGGGCCGUGGAACAUUACCCGGAGUAUCCUGUGCAAAAGUAUCGUACUCGAACUAAUUGCAAAUAUGUAUAACAAAUAUCCCUUUUUAGGUGAAUCAGCAUUACAAAAUCCAUUUUUCCUUUUGAGAAAAUUUGUGAUGCAAUUCAUACUAAUACGAUACUUUCGCAAUGCAUACGGAGUUUUCCGCGACAAUUUUGACCGAUUACGCAACCACGAUCUCAUGGGAAGGACGACGGAGGAAUUAAGCGAAGGAUGGGCGGGUUUUGAAUUCGAUUUCGAUGUAAGAUUGGUAAUACUUACCCCGGCGAUUUUUAGAAAUAAGUACCACCUGUAUGAUGAUGUAGAAGAGUUCAGGAUGGAAAAUUCGUUUUCUAGAUGAACACGAAAAUGUUGUACCACGAGAAAUAAACCAGGACUAGUUGCAUUCGAACUUGUGUGUGUAAAAAUGCAAACGCUCGCUAUGAAUUACUUAUGUGAUGAAGCAGGGCGAAGACGUAGACGCCUCUCCACUACCUCCUUUUUGCGCAAUAAGAGAGUG